UCUGCCUGAAUAAAACGCGAAUCUGCCCCACGCACUCUCUCUCUCUCUCUCUCUCUCAUCAUCUCGAAAGCGAAAAACCGACUGCGAAAACAAUUCACUCAAAAAAACGGAUCCAAAUCAACAAAAAUCAUCAUCAAUAACAGAAAACCCUAACCCUAGCCGCGACUCUCCUCCUCCUCAUUCUCUCUCUCUCUCUGUUUCGUAUGAUUUGCCCUAGGGUUCGAAGAAUAGUAAUAGGGCUAGGGUUUGCGGUGAUGGAAUGCAGGGGUGGUGGUGGUGGUGGUGACUGGCGAUGACCGGAGUCCAAUGUCACCGGCGGAGGAAGAUGAUGGGUAGGGGUGCGGACGGAGGUUGCGGCACCGAGGAGAAGAUUUGCCCAAUUUCUAGGGUUCCGGCCACAUUUCCGGCGAAGGAAAAUGUAACACUUGAGAAACAAACACCCAUAGGCAUAGAUUGCUAUACGCAGGCUCGGAAAGCGCUGUGUGAGCGUUCGCCAUUCGAUACUGAGGAUGCUCAGGUAUCUACUAUCUCCACUCUUCCUAGUGGGUUGGCUAAUUUCUUGUCAAGGCAUUCAGAUGGGCGGAAGCGGCAAAAGAAGUUACAUUCGGGUGUGGAGACGAAGGCCAAGUCCUCGAGGGCAGGUGCGGCAGAGAAGGGUCGUGGAUCGAAGAACAUUUGGUCUGAGACUGAGGAGUAUUUCAGGGAAUUGACGGUAGAUGAUAUUGACAAGUUGCAUGAGUUGUCUUCUUUUGUUUUUUCAGCUAGUCAGAAGUGUUUUUCAAUUCCAGUUUUGAGUAAUGCGUUUCGGGAUAGCGAGGGAAAUGGUGACAUUGCCAAUGAGGGGAAUGUUGUGAAUGUUGUGAAUGCAAAUGGGGUUGGUUUUGAUUGUGGGGUGGUUGUUGACGAGGAGGCUAAGGAGGAGGUUGAGCAGUUCAUGAAAAUUGAUAGUGUAGGAGCUAACGUUUUGGUUCAAGAAGAAAAGGGUUGCUCUUCUUCAUCGCAAAUGGCAAUGUCGUGUAGUGGUUUAGAGUGGCUUUUAGGUUCUAGGAGUAAGAUAUACCUCACCUCAGAGAGGCCUUCAAAGAAACGGAAGCUUUUGGGUGGGGAUGCAGGUUUAGAGAAGCUUAUUGUUGCAAGUCCGGUUGAUGGGUUGUCAUCUUUGUGCCACUAUUGUAGCUUGGGUGACACAGGCAAUCAGUUGAACCGUUUAAUUGUUUGCAGUUCUUGUAAUGUAUCAGUUCAUCAGAGGUGCUAUGGUGUGCAGGACAAUGUAGCCGAUUCUUGGUUGUGUUCUUGGUGUAACCAGAGGAAUGCACUCCAAAGCUCUGACAGAUCUUGUUUGCUGUGCCCAAAACGGGGUGGUGCUUUAAAACCUGUCAGUAAGAAAGGUGUUGGAAGUGAAAAUGGUGGCUCCAUGGAGUUUGUUCACUUGUUUUGUUGUCAAUGGAUGCCUGAAGUCUACAUAAAAGAUACAAGAACAAUGGAACCUGUUAUGAAUAUUGAGGGAAUAAAGGAAACAAGGAGAAAAUUGGUUUGUUUUUUAUGCAAGGUGAAGUGUGGUGCCUGUGUUCGGUGCAGUAAUGGAACUUGCAGAACUUCAUUCCAUCCUAUAUGUGCCAGGGAGGCAAAGCACCGAAUGGAGAUUUGGGGAAAAUUUGGAUGUGAUGAUGUUGAGUUACGAGCCUUUUGCUCAAAGCACUCAGAAGUCCAUAAUGGUAGUAGCACCCAACAAUCGGGAAACUUGUCUAUUGCAAGUGGCUCUGAUUCAUACAUUACCAAUCAUCAACCAGUGGCACCAACAGCAAACAAACCUCACAAGUUCAAGAUUGGCAGAAAAAAUGGAGACAGGAUCACUGUCCACAUUGAAACAACUGAUACUAAUAUCAAUAAGCUGGGCAAUAGUGUGCUACAUGUAGAAGGAUUGUCAGAUACCAGAUUAAAUUCUAAACUUAAGUCUGAAUGUGGCAAUACUCAGGAACCUGCUAGUACAGAGACAUUGGACAGGAGUACCAAUGAAGAAGGAUUGUCAGAUACCAGAUUAAAUUCUAAACUUAAGUCUGAAUGUGGCAAUACUCAGGAACCUGCUAGUACAGAGACAUUGGACAGGAGUACCAAUGAAGAAGGAUUGUCAGAUACCAGAUUAAAUUCUAAACUUAAGUCUGAAUGUGGCAAUACUCAGGAACCUGCUAGUACAGAGACAUUGGACAGGAGUACCAAUGAAGAAGGAUUGUCAGAUACCAGAUUAAAUUCUAAACUUAAGUCUGAAUGUGGCAAUACUCAGGAACCUGCUAGUACAGAGACAUUGGACAGGAGUACCAAUGAAGAAGGAUUGUCAGAUACCAGAUUAAAUUCUAAACUUAAGUCUGAAUGUGGCAAUACUCAGGAACCUGCUAGUACAGAGACAUUGGACAGGAGUAUCAAUGAUGAUGUUAACACAUCUCACACUCUGGAUUUUACUGUGAUUCUAAAGAAGCUAAUUGAUCGAGGAAAAGUCAAUGUGAAGGAUGUGGCCUCAGAGAUUGGCAUUUCAUCUGAUUCAUUGGCUUCAAUGCUUGCUGAUGAUUGUUUGGUCCCUGACUUGCGUUGCAAAAUAGUCACAUGGCUUAGAAGUCAUGCUUAUAUAGGUACUUUACAUAAAAAUUUGAAAAUCAAAAUUAAAUCCUUGCUUACAUCCAAGGAUGAUAUGGGGGCUGCUGAAGAUUCUAAUGCUGUCAUGGUAUCAGAGUCGGAUAUACCUGAUGUUCUUCCUGUAAAGUCAGUACCACCACGGAGAAGAACCAAAAGCAACAUUAGGAUUUUGAAGGAUAACAAAGUGAUCUGUUCAUCUAAGGAAACAACUAGUGAUGGAAUAGUAAUGAAUGAGGCUAAAAGUGGGCAAUUGAUCAGUGAAGAUGCAGAUUAUUCAAGUAAAGAAUCUGUUUCUGAUGUCACCGAGAAGAAUUUGAUGGAGCCUGAUGGCGUUCAUGAUACUUUGGCAAGCAAUUCACCUAAAUGUGAAGGUGGCCAAGCACAGGUGGCUGCGAUCUCUCAGAAUGUGACACCAAAUUCAGACCCUGAAAAUACUAUAUGCUCGGUUGUUAAGAAUGAUAUCCCUGAUCUAAUAAAAGCUGAGGCAGUGUGUACUUACAUUCACCCACUUAUCCGUGACAAAAUGAUGAAAAUGAAGAAUGUGGUGCUUUCAAAUAAUGCAAAUUAUGAGUUUGAUGGUUCAAGGGACCAUGAAAUCUCUGCUAUGGAGGCAUCUUCCAGUUCUGGCAUAUGUUGUAAUCAGCAUAUUGAACAUUUAAAUUCCAGUGACAUGAUCUCUAAAUUUGAUGAAGCAAAGUUCGAACAGUUGGUUAAGGCCAGGAAUAUUGGUGUUCUGGAAAUGUCUCCAGAAAAUGAGGUGGAAGGGGAACUUAUUUUUCACCAGCAUAGGCUACUCUGCAAUGUGGCUGCAAGAAAGCACUUAAGUGAUGAUUUAAUUUGCAAGGUUGUGAAGAGUCUACCUGAGGAGAUUGAUACCAUUGGUAAGCGAAAAUGGGAUGCUGUACUUGUCAACCAGUAUCUUUCUGAGCUUAGAGAAGCAAAAAAACAGGGACGAAAAGAGAGAAGGCACAAGGAAGCCCAGGCUGUGCUAGCUGCUGCAACUGCUGCUGCUGCAGCUUCUUUGAGGAUCUCGUCAUUCAGGAAAGACACGCUCGAUGAAUCUGCUCACCCAGAGAACCUGUUGAAAAUGAACACUUCGACUGGAAGGGUUGGGCUCUAUUCUCAGCAGAUGCCACGGGCGAAGGAGACACUUUCAAAGUUGGCUCUUCCUCGUGGUUCAUCGGGAAUGAACUCUGAUUUUGUUCAAUCAAUCUCAGAUUUUUGUAAAGAACAUCCCAGAACAUGUGAUAUCUGCAGACGUUCAGAGACAAUUUUGAAUCCGAUCUUAGUGUGUUCAAGUUGCAAGGUUGCAAUUCAUUUGGAUUGCUAUCGUAGUGUUAAAGAUUCUACGGGUCCAUGGAAAUGUGAAUUAUGUGAGAAUUUAUUGUCAUCUAGAAGCUCCGGAGCUCAAACUGUCAAUUCAUGGGAGAAGCCAUAUUUUGCUGCAGAAUGUGGCUUAUGUGGUGGCAGUGCUGGUGCUUUUAGAAAGUCAACUGAUGGUCAAUGGGUCCAUGCCUUCUGUGCUGAGUGGGUGUUAGAAUCAACAUUCAGAAGGGGACAAGUGCAUCCCGUUGAAGGAAUGGAGUCGGUUGUGAAGGGGAGUGAAGUCUGUCAUAUCUGCCAUCGCAAACAAGGAGUUUGCACGAAGUGCAAUUAUGGCCACUGUCACAGGACAUUUCAUCCAUCCUGUGCUAGAAGUGCUGGCUUUUACAUGAAUGCUAAGACAGUUGGUGGCAAGUUGCAACACAAGGCAUAUUGUGAAAAGCAUAGUUUGGAGCAGAGAGCUAAGGCGGAGACUCAAAGACAUGGAAUUGAAGAAUUGAAGAGUCUUAAGCAAACUAGGGUUGAAUUGGAGAGGUUACGUCUGCUUUGUGAGAGAAUUAUCAAACGAGAGAAACUGAAGCGUGACUUGGUUCUUUGCUCGCAAGACAUACUUGUUUCGAAUAGAGACUCCAUUGCUUUGUCUGCACUUGUUCGUAGUCCUUUUUUCCCAUCUGAUGUUAGUUCAGAAUCAGCUACAACCUCUCUUAAAGGGAAUACGGACGAUUGCAGAUCAGGCAGUGAAGCAAUCCAAAGAUCAGAUGACAUAACUGUUGACAGCACAGUUUCGGGUGAACGCCCGGUUUCGGGUAAACGCCAUAUUAAGUUUCCUGUGUCAAUGGAUAAUGACCAAAAGACAGAUGACAGCUCUACAUCGCAGCACCUUUUUCUUCAAAGACCUAGAGAGAGGGUAUCAUUUGGUGGAAAACAAAUCCCACAUAGGCCUUCAUUUGUCGCAUCUCAGAAUCUUUCGGAUGAUGGGGAAAGGAGGUCAAAAUUGAGAAAGUAUACAGAAACAUUUGAGAAGGAGCUUGUUAUGACAUCAGAUCAAGCAUCUGUGAAGAAUCAGCGAUUACCUAAAGGAUUUGUUUAUGUUCCAAUUGGAUGUCUUUCGAAGGAGAAAGAGACCAUCCCCGAUGCAUAUUCUGGCAAACCAUUGGAACGUGAUGGGUAAAACUAGGGUAAAUCAGUUUGGGUUUUGAUUACCCUGUUUGAAGCCAUACCCUAUUUGAGGCCGACAACUAUCUAUACCGGUUGUAUGCUUUUCUGCCUGGAUGGUGACAUUUUCUGAUUAUGUAAAGAAAGAGAAUGGCAGAUACUCCCCCGAGAUAUAGUCCCAGCCAGAGGAUCCUUUUUUUAAGGGUCAUUCUAGUUUUUGGGGUAGGCAAGUUUUGGUAUUGUCGUUGUACAUUCAUUGUGAGAGCAAAAACUGUACAGUGGGUUAUGGUUUGUUGAUGAUGAUGCUGUGUUCUUGUGAAAGAGCAAAGUGGAAGCUCUGCUUCUUGUACUUGUAUACAGAGUUACAAGGUAUUGCCUAUUGUGCAGGCUCUGCAAAGGUUCGUGUAUAUAUUCUUACAAUGUCAACCCUCAAAAGCAGUUGUGGGCAAGAAUUACAUUUUGAUGAUAGGGCAUUUUAAAUUAUUUGACAAAAAAUGUUAGCAUCUUUUUGCUCAGUUUUUAUGUUGGUUGUUUUUGGUGGAUUCACUGGCAUUAUGUAGGUGGAUCCUAGUGUGACACAGCAUAUUCAGCUCAUGCUAUCCUGCAUUUAUUUGAUUA